CUCUUUCCCAGUUUCUCUUUUUUGUCAAAUUCAAUUGAUUCUUGUUUAGAAAUAUUUGUGUUUAUAGCUCUUUUUAACUCUACAAAAAGAAGCGGUCUCGUUUGCUUUUUCAAAUAUUCGUAAUCGCACUUACUUGUAGGGACGCUCGUUUGAAGGCAGCAGAUUUGCAAAUUAGGUGAAAAAAAAAGGUACAGAUUGUUUUAAGCUUCUUGGAAUUUAUUUAUUAUUUAAUUUUAAAGAGAGGAUCAAAAUCAAUCAACCAUGGCUUAUCGAGAUCGAACUGGAUUGUAUAUAACGUUUCGACAGUCGUAUGCUCAUCAUGGUCAAAAGCUUGAGUUUUCGAAGUGGGAUCAAAAGGAAGAACGACAAAACCUUAUUCACAAGGAUGUGGACGAUAAUGUUGUAAUAGAAAUGGACAUGCUAGCUCCCAAAUGGGUUGCUGUCGAAAGCGACAUCAAUUUCCUGCUGCAGAAUACUCAAAGAAAUAUUCAGUCACUAGACAAGCAAUAUGCUAAGCAUGUUCUUCCGAGUUUUUCGGAUAAAACGGAACAAGAGAAUGAGAUUCAGCGCCUAACCAUAGACAUAACGAGUGAUUUCCAAAAAUGUCACCGGAUUUUACAAACAACGAAACGUCAAACGAAAACCAUUCAGGGUUCAGAAGCUUUGGUUGCUCAAAAUCUUUUGGCAAAUCUGGCUUCUCGUAUCCAAACGGAAAGUGCACAGUUCCGGAAGAAACAAUCUACCUAUCUAAAAAAACUACGAGGCUUGAACUCUGAUUUCUCCUCUUCAGAUGCGAAACUAGAGGAUACCGUGUCUGACGUUGCAAUUUCGCAGUCUACAAUUCAACAAGCUGCUCUUAUGGAAGAGCAAGGUGAAGACGAGCGGGCUGUUCAGCAUGAACGGGCAAUCGCCAAAAUCGCCGAAGGUAUCCUUGAGUUAGCUCAGAUGUUCCAGGAUUUACAAGGAUUGGUAAUUGAGCAAGGUGCUCUUGUAGAUCGCAUCGACUUUAACGUUGAGCAAACACAGGUUCAUGCAAAAUCCGCUGAAAAAGAACUAACGAAAGCUGAAGGUCAUCAAAGAAAUACGGGACGGCUGCGGUUCAUGUGUAUUCUAGUCCUUAUUAUUAUUGCUUUAUUAAUCAUAUUAAUUGGCAAACUUGCACGAUAAUGUCUAAAUGAUGUCUUUUUAUUAUCAUUAUUAUUAUUCCGGAUUUCAUGUUCUUUCCUUCUUUUUAAUUCCUUGUCUUGAUUUUUUAUAUAAUAGCAAUAUAUAAUUCUGUUUAAAUAUAAUUCCUUGAUCGUUGCUUUCAUUUUUAGAUGCAAAAAACUUGUGUAUUCAACGAUAAGAAC